AGAAGAGAAACAAGAAUAAAACGAAAAAAAGAGGGAGACGUGAAAAAUUAAGGGAGGUGAAAAUAGGAGGAAGAAAAAAAAAAAUCGUAAAGAAAGAGGGAGAGGGACCGACAACCACCACCACAAUGACCUGUCGCUCUCUCUAUGGCCCAAGUUACUUCCCUAGUUACUACAGUCUGGAAGACAUCCUGGCCACUAGUGAGAAGCUGCCAUGUAAAUUUGAGAAGACGGUGGUUGGCAUGGGGUACCUCGACUCCUCAGGGCGCAGCAAGGACCUGGAGAAGGGCACCAAGCUGGAGCUGCCCCUGUGGCUGGCCACCGCCCUGGGGCCCCGACGCAAGCUGGUCUCCUGCCUCCUGCCCAGGGCCUUCAAUGAUAGAUACAGAGAGAUCCUGCGUGCGGAUGCCACCAUUGUGGACUUGCAGGGACUGGCGCCUUAUUUCUACGAGUUUGGCCGACACCUCCUGCCGCUGGUUGGGGCCGAGGGGGUGCCAUUGGGGAGCUGCUUGCUGAGGUGUGUGCAUACCCUGAAGGUGAGGCUGCGCAAAGUGAUGGACUCCUCCCUGCAUUGUUUAGAGGAUGAUGUAGCAGUACACAAGGCUUACUUCGACCACCUGGAGCGCACUCUCUUCCACACGGGCCGCCAGAUGUACCAUGACCACCAACUCUGGCUGGCCCGUCGCUGUCACAUCAUCACCUCCAUCGCACCCACCUCAGCGCACCAGGGUGGGAAGAGAAAGCUGUCCGAGAUUAGCUAGUCUUGGGUCUUUUGUCUCUCUCUCUCUCUCUCUCUCUCUCUCUCUCUCUCUCUCUCUCUCUCUCUCUCUCUCUCUCUCUCUCUCUCUU